AUCAUUUGUUUCGUAUCGUAUCGUGUUAAGCUCUGCAAAACUCUCUCUCUCUCUCUCUGACUCUGGGUCUCUGAGAUCUCGAAUCUGAACCGGUGAACACCAUGGCUAUGGCAACCUCACCCCACUCACUCCUCCUCCAGAACCCCAACCGUCCCCUCCUAAAAAACACCAUCAGCCCCAUAACCCACCUCAACACUCUCCACCUCCCCGCCAAGCCCAUCUCAAUCAAAUGCUCCGCCACCGCAGCCCAGACCCAGGAUCAGCGCCCACUGACCCACACGCCGACCCAGUCCCAAGAUAGGGUCUUCAACUUCGCCGCCGGGCCCGCCAUCCUGCCGGAGAACGUCCUCCUCAAGGCCCAGUCCGAGCUCUACAACUGGCGCGGAUCCGGCAUGAGCGUCAUGGAGAUGAGCCACCGCGGUAAGGAGUUCCUCUCCAUCAUCCAAAAGGCCGAGGCGGAUCUCCGCACCCUUUUGGAUAUCCCCUCCGAAUACGCUGUCCUCUUCCUCCAAGGCGGAGCCACCACCCAGUUCGCCGCGAUCCCUCUGAACGUGGUUAAACCCGAAGACUCGGUCGAUUACCUGGUUACUGGGUCGUGGGGCGACAAGGCCUUCAAGGAGGCACAGAAGUACUCUAAGCCCAAGGUGAUCUGGUCCGGCAAAUCGGAGAAGUACACGAGAAUCCCGGCCUUCGAGGGGCUGGAGCAGAGUCCGGACGCCAAGUAUUUGCAUAUAUGCGCCAAUGAGACAAUUCACGGGGUCGAGUUCAAGGACUACCCAACUCCGAAGAAUGGUCUUCUCGUCGCGGAUAUGUCUUCGAAUUUCUGUUCCAAGCCCGUGGACGUGUCGAAAUUCGGGAUUAUAUACGCUGGGGCCCAGAAGAACGUGGGUCCAUCUGGGGUCACCAUUGUGAUCAUCAGGAAAGAUCUGAUUGGGAACGCCCAGGAGAUCACACCCAUCAUGCUCGACUACAAGAUCCACGCAGAGAACAACUCGCUCUACAACACUCCUCCUUGUUAUUGUAUCUACAUGUGUGGGUUGGUGUUCGAGGACUUGUUGGAGCAGGGUGGGUUGGUGGAGGUUGAGAAGAAGAACAAGAAGAAGGCUGAGAUUCUGUACAAGGCGAUCGACGAGAGCAAUGGGUUUUACAGGAGCCCGGUGGAGAAGUCGGUGAGGUCGUUGAUGAACGUACCGUUCACGUUGGAGAAGCCGGAGUUGGAGGCUGAUUUUGUGAAGGAGGCGGCUAAGGAGAAGAUGAUUCAGCUCAAGGGGCAUAGGUCGGUUGGAGGCAUGCGUGCCUCUAUAUACAAUGCUAUGCCUCUGGCUGGGGUUGAGAAUUUGGUUGCUUUCAUGAAGGAUUUUCAGGCAAGGCAUGCUUGAUGAUUUUAUAUGCUCAUAAGCUUUUGUUGGCUGAGGCUGAUAAUUAUUAGACGUUGUAGCAAUUUUGUUGUUUCUGGUCUUGGUCUUGUUUGCUAUUUUGUUUGUUGUUGUUGAUUGAAGGUGGGCUAGUAUUUUGAUUGCAUUUCAGGCUAAUGAUCUGGGAUGGUGUUGAUGUUCAUGUCCAGCAACAGAAAUUUUAGUGGGUUAGGUUUUAGAUUAUUAUAAUGUCUUGCAAAUUGGUGAGUUGAGUUAGAAGCUCCUGUUUACAAUGUUACAUGAGUUACUGAAUUGCAAAAUCGUUAUAUGGAUAUCUUGUUUUGAGUUUUGAUGAUUCAAUAAAGAAUAAAGAAACCUUUAGGUGUA